AUGACUUCAACACAUCAAAAAGAUUCGUCACCAUCGCCGUUUGUUCGCACUUGUUUCACCGAUCCCAAUGUCGAACGAUGUAAACGAACAAACAUAUGGAUGAGCUUCCUACAUGCGUUAAUCGCUGGUACUCUGGCUAUUUACAGUCUUUGGAUCUAUUCGCCUGACAUUCACAACGAUUAUAUCGGACACAUCACUUGGCUGACUUACUUAAUUGGUUGUUUUUCUUUCGGCUACUUUUGUUAUGAUUCAAUGGAUAUUAUCUCCAAUCGUCGGGGAGCUGAUUUGUGGCAAAUGGUGUUGCAUCAUGUGAUCGUUAUCUUCACUUUCGGUCCAAAUAUCGUUCGUCUAAAGAAUGUCGGUUAUCAAACAUUGACACUCCUUGCUGAAUUCAAUUCCAUCUUUCUACACAUGCGAAGAUUAUUUGAAUUAUACAACAUUUCACCUCACAAUCAAAUUGUUCGAUUGAACAUGUAUAUCAAUCAAAUUACUUUUAUUAUUUGUCGGUUUGGAAUGUUAGCGUGUAUUAGUCUUGGUGUAUAUCAUGACGGAGAACGCAUUGGCGUUUACUAUUAUAAAUAUAUUGCGUAUAUUUGUCUCCCGGCUCUAUGGAUAAUGAAUCCUUAUCUUCUUUAUCGGUUAUUAUGUGCAGAUUUUUCGAGAAAAGCGAAAUCUAAGUAA